UGUAUUUAUAUAGAUGUAACUGUCAAUACUCCUGGGAAAAAGACCCUACUGAAAUUGUUUAUUUAAUAAUUAAUGAAUGAAUAAAGUCUGAUAGUGUACCUGUUGGUAUAACUAAUAUUAUUCAUCAUGGACAUCAGCUCAUGUUAAUGUUGAACUUUAUAGCAUUCAGUUCAUUUAUUUGUGCUGUCAUCAUUCAAAUAACCAAUUGACUCAAGCAGUCCAAAAUGAAUCCAAGGAAAACUGAAAAUGUGCAGCUAGAAAAUUUGUUGAGUGAAUACUUUAGAUCAGUAAGUGUAGAAAAAAAAUUAAAAUAAUCAAUACCUAAGCAAAAAUUAAAGUAAAAAUUUAAAAUAAUGGAAUCAUUAUAUUGUAAUUUGAAAAAAUAUACAUUUCGUCUAUUUUGGUUUUCUCCAUGUAUUAUUAAAAAUACUUUAUGUAUCUAAAAACUAACCCCUUUGUCAAAGGUAAUGUGUUUUAAAAGGAACAUAACGAUCUCUUGUUAAUUUUCAAUUUUCAAGAGUUCUCAGUAAAUAUGAAAAACUGUGCAUAAACAUGGGAAAACCAAGAAAAACGUGAAAAUGAGUACUAUAUUAAAAAAAUAUUAAAGGAAAUAUGAAAUGCUUAUUUAAUUAUUUUACCAUAAUAUGACAUAUAUAUUAUUGACAAAGCAUCACUAUAAAUUGAACUCCGCUCAGAAUCAUUUUUAGUAAGCAAUGGUUUAUUGUUGUUUACAGAUACAAAUUAAUUUCCCCUCUAUAUCCUACCUUCCCAACUUCUCACCUACAACAGUGAUUGAACCCAUCACCAUUUUCCUAGGGCAGGUUUUUUUUUUUGUAUAUUUUGUGUCUGUGAACAACUUUUCUAACUGAAAACUUGCUCUGAAGUAUAGACUAUAGUAUCUCUGAAAGAUAAUUUUCUCUCGUUGGUGCAUUGGGAGGUCAUUUUUUGAUUUUCCAAAGGGUUUUUAAAAAUCAUGAUAUUGUUUUGUGAUUGUUGUUUGUUUUGUGUUUGAUUUUGAUGAUUGUUUUGAAAAACUAUAACCCGUAAUAAUAUGUAUUAAAUUAAGUAAAUAAAUUCAAAGUUUACUUAUCGAAGAACAAAAACGGUGUUUGAUAAUAUCUUAUAAUAUUUUACAAGGUGUAUGUCAAUUGUUGACAUAUAAUUGUGUACCUAUUGCGGAAAACAUUUUUAAACAAAGUUCUUUCAGUGACUUAAAUACCAUAAUAUUUUCAACUACCUUGUUUUGAUUGAAAUUCUUUAUAUAUUUGGGCGAUAAAAACAUUUCUUUGCAUAUGACUUAGUUUUUAUAGUUAUUGAAGUAAAAGUAAAAGAAUUUAGGUCAGUGUUGGAAAAUUUGUUUUGAAAAGUACUUAUAGGUACCUACAUAAUGAUAUUUUAGUUUAUAUGUUAAGUUUUUAAUGGGAAAUAUUCAUAAAUUAUACAAAAUUUACAACCGAUUAUCAAUAUGAAGGUAAUAAAACGCGAGGUUUAAUGAUGAAUUUUGAAUUUUGAUAAAACUAUUUCGGAGUAGUUGUUAAGCGGCCCAAUGUAAUAUCGUAGUUAUGCACAUUCGGAGCAAUGUUACGGUGAUGAAAUGCAAUUGUUCCGACUGAGUAGUCUAUUAUGUUCGGAACAGUUGACUUUCGUAGCAAUGGUGUCUUCCCCAAUACUUUUGACGUCGUCUGAAAUUGUGUCUAAUGUUAAUACUAAGGACAUUACUUUUGUCUUGUUACACUCGUUUUUAGAGAUGUUUUGGAGGUUAAUUUUUGAAAUUCAAAUGGGAACCUAUAUUCAAAAUUCCGCAAUUAGAUGGAGUGUUGGUUAAAAUACAUUUUGAUGCUGUAAACUUUUGAUUUUCUUUAACCUAUUUACGAAAUAUUCCACUUUUAGUUUAAGUAGGGGGAGAAUAUUGGGACACUAUUUAAAUAUCCCGUGCCGUGCCAUGCCACCAAACAAGCGCAUAGUGUUAUAAAUUGAAAAAUUGUUGUGUUAGAUAUAUUUUUCUCUAUUUUGAAUAUUUACAUGAUAAAAUGGCUGUAACUUGAAUUUUGAAUCACUCUGUAUAAUAUGAUACAACUUUUCUUUGGAUUUAUUUUUGCGAAAAUUUAAAAUUAAAUUUGAAAUGACCAUCAUCAUUUUUUCCCACUUUUAAAAAUACAUAUUUAAAUCAAUAUAAUCUCUUUGAGAAUAUUAAACAAUUUGAUUUACGAAAAAAAAAUAAACUAAAGUUUUUUAUUUUGUUUAAUUUGUAUAUUAUAAUAUAUGACCCAAGUAUUUAUAUGAAAUCAAGUAUCUAACUUUCGUCGAUUUUAUUAAUAUAUUAAUUAUCAGUUUAAAUUUAUUUUAAGAGUCUAAAAAAUCAUUAUAGUUUUCAGUAAAUUCUUUCAAAUAAAUUAGGUACUUAGUAGAUUUUAAUAAAAACACUGGUAAGUCAGUUUAAUUUUUUCAUAUUUUGCCAAACAAUCCAUUAACAAAUAAUAAAUUGGUUUAUUUAAAUGCUAUUUUGAAGAAUAAUUAUUCGGAUUUAAUGUUUUAUUAGAAUUUAAUAUAGUGCUCAUUGCUUGGUAUUUUUUAUUUUAUUUUAAAGCAAUAAUAUCUACUAUGUUUUCUAAAAAAUGUUUCAUCCAGUAACUCGAUGGAUAAACCAAUAUAAAUGGUAUAUACAUUAGUAAGAUAAAUCAUUUUUCGAAUUACCAAUUUUGAUGCCUUGUAAAUCGAAAAAAAAACAAUUCUAGUCAGUGUAUCAUUUUUUAUUUUCGUUUUUCAAACGAAAUAAUACAAUCAAACAUUUAAUUUCGACCUCGUUUCUCACUAAAAUUGCAUGUUUAGACAUAACAAUAAAAUAAAUAUAUAAAAAUAAGUACAUAACAAUACAUAACAAUUCAUCAAAAAAUAUUAAAUUUUAGAAAUAUCAUUUGAUAAUAACUUAUUAUUAAAUGAGGUUAAAAUUAGUUAUUAUAAACAACUAAUAUAUGGUAUAGGUAUUGAAGAAGUUAAUUUAUUCUACUACUUAGGUAACCAUAUCACGCAGGACAAUAAAUACACAACAAAAAUAAUAAAGAGAAUAGCUUUGACUAAGCAUGCCUUCAUUAAGAAUCAAAAUCUCUUAAUAAGUAGACACUUAUCGAUUAAAAUUAGGAAGCUAUUUAUUAAAACGUAUGUUUAGAGUGUAAUGUUAUGAACUAUCGAAUCCUGGAUUUUAAGCACCCUAUACAAAAGAAGAAUAGAAGCAUUAGAGAUAUAGACACGGAGAAAAAUUAUGAAGAUCAGUUGGAUAGAAGGGAAAUCUAAUAUAUGGAAGUGUUAAAUAUGAUAGACGAAUCUAGACAAAUUAUCAAAACGACGGAAAUAAGAAAAGACUAAGUUUUUUGGACACAAUUUGAGACAUAAUACGUUUAUUACAAAUAUUAUGGAAGGGAAGAUAAAUGGAAAAAGAGGAAAAGGUCGCCCGAGGGAAACAAAUCUGGGGAAUAUGAAGAAGCUACUAUCUUUAGCAAGUUGCGAAGAAGUGAAAAGAUUAGCAGAUAAAAGAGAGAAUUAGUUGCAACAACCAAGCGAAACCUUUAGACAAUAAUAAUAAAAAAUUACUGAUACAAUUAUUUAUUGAUAUUAUCUACAUUUUUUACGAGUAAUAUGAUAAUAACUGUUAGAAAAAAUCAUUCAAAGUUAAUAAAUUAUGUUGUUACUUACCUAUUUGUAGAUAUUUGUUUUUAAUGUAUUUGUUUGUAUAAUUAUUUAGAGAUCUUUUUUCCCGUAUGGAGCCAUUAGGGAUGAUAAAUCAUCCAUAAUAUGCAAUCAAGAUAAUACCGUUCACCAAAAAUAUAGCAAUAAUGAUGAUUUCACGUUUGAGUUUAAGACGUUUUGUUCCAUGACUAGCUUACACGGAUUUAUCCAUAUCGUAGAAAACAAAUUUAACCGAUAUGAAAAGUAAGUAAAUCGAUAUAAAAUAUAUUAGACUUUUACUCGUUAUCAGUGUUACCUUUUUAAGCUACACGAUUACGUACGUUUUUACCUAUACGAUUGCGUACCAAGUAUUAAGUGUUGUUGCCAAUUUUCAUACCAGUAUAUACCACACGACUACACGAGUGAAGUAGAAAUAAUUUAUAAAUACUUUCAACUUUGCGUAUUUCCAUAACCAUUAAGCCUUUAUUACUUACGUUUAUCUAUUAAUUUUUAGUACUAUAAAUGGAUCUGAAAGUUUUCAUAGAAUUUAUAACGGACAAUUUCAUAGUGCUCAUCUCCCAAAACAUGUCAUUCAAAUAUUAAAAGAAACUUAAAAUAUGCAGACAAGAAAAAUAGCAAAAAAAAGACUUAAAUAUAAUUCAACAUAUUAUAAACGCUUACGAUGAAUGCAAAAUCCAUACAAAUUUAAUCCAAAACUUAAAAGUGGUAGGUUAUAGAUUUCCGGAAAUUCAAAUUAAAUUUAUUAAAUUUAAAAUAAUUUGAAUUCAAUUAAAAUAAUUGAUUAUUAUUUAGUUAUUCUUAUUACCUAAAUUGUAUUAUUUAAUAUUGAUUCUUAUAGAACUGUACUGAAUAUUUAUUAGGUGAAAUUAAUAAAUUUGACAACAUUGCUUACAAUUUCAUACGCAAUCGUGUUUAUUUUUUUUUAAAGGUAUUUUUCAACCCAACUACAAACGUACGCAACUGUGUUCUACCCAUCAUAAUACUCCCGGUUAAACAUUUAUUUAUUUCUAAAUAUAAAAUUAUUAAUUUAUGUAUUUAAUAUUUCGUUAUUAAAAAUUUAGUAUUCCGUACAGAUAUAAACUAAAUUAUCUUAUUUAUUCUACCUUCUAAAACUUCCCACGUACACCAUUGUCAGUCAAUUGGCAGAUAACUUACAUUAUUCAAACAAUCUCACGAGUUACGGGUUAGUUUUAGUUAAAUAAAUAAAAUCUAUCAGUUUAUCAUUAAAAACAAUUAAUAUUUUUGUCUUAUUUUUAUGUUUUCUUUUCAUUCUUUAUUUUAAUUAAGAAUUAAUAGAAGGUACUUAGGUAGUCUAAUCUGUUGCAAAAAUAAAAAAUUGUAAAACGUUGUGGGCCACAAAGGCUCAGACAAAACAACAUUUUUCAACGCAUUAUUUUACUGUCAAUUUCGUAUAUUAUAGAUUCUAUUAUUAUUUUCUAUAAUAUAGAAAAUUAUUAACGUUCUGUAGCGACCUACAGUGGGCAAUAAUCUUAAUAUUUAAUACACCUAUUAUCAUUUCAGAUGGUUUUGGGCCAUUUGCUUGUUAGCCAUAUACGGACUGUGUGGCGUGGCGAUUUACAUGCUGAUAUUUAUGUUUUGGGAGAUGCCGGCCAUAAUAUCGUUGGACAAUUCCGUUUCGUCGGUUUGGACGCUUCCGUUCCCGGCAGUUACGGUGUGCAGUGCAAACAGGGCCCGUCUAUCCGUCUAUAACUACACAUUGGCCGAUGUAAAUAAUAUCGACCCUAAUGACAAGUAAACGUUUUUCUAUAUAUUAAUACAUACACUAUUACGAAUAUAUGUUUUGGUUAUUUAAUGUGUUGUUAAUAUUUUGUUUUUCCGGGUAAGACUUAUUCGGAACACGAUGUACGAUGUUUGCGAGAAAUAUCCACCGAAGAAAAAUUCGAAAUUCACUGCAGAAUUUCUAGACGGCCCUUCUGUAUCGAAAGUUUUAAAAGGAAGUAUUGCAAUACCUAAGGGUUUAUGUGUAACUUAUUAUGUGUGUUCACAUAUUAAGUUUUUUUUCUGUCGUGCUAUUACAAAUAAAAUAUUAUAAUUAUAUACUAGCAUAUAGCGAGAACUAUAAUUUAUUUGUUUUUAUACUUAUGUUAUUAAUUAUUGUAUUUUCUUACAUGAACGUGGUUUAUAAAAUAUUAAAAUAAUUACCAAACUAAUGUAUUAAUUUUAAUAGCUGAUAAUAUGUUAAUAUAAAUUUAAAAAAAAAAAGAAUGGACAUAUUUCGCACGUGGGUGUAGCCACUUUUGUAGGUGGGAAAUUGAGAAGGUAGGAUAUAAAUGGGAAUUUAAUGUAUACCUGUAAGCAAUGAUAAACUCCUGCAAACUAAAAAACGAUUCGGAGCGGAGUUCAGUUGAUAGUGUUGCUUUGUCAACAAUAUAUAUAUAUGUCAUAUAUUAUAGUAAAAUUAUUACAACAAUAAUGUGCGUUUCCAUGACAAAAAUGGUGGUUUAAAAAAGAUUUUAAAAUAAUAAAAACUUAAUAAUAACAAAAAAUAAACGGUUGCUAAUGACAACCUUAUUUUAAAUCUUUCCAUAUUUUUUUAGCCUAAUGAACUAGAUUUUCCUCAUUAUCUCGAUUAUGAUUGAGAACUUCAAAAAAUGAUCUCAUUAAAAUACCACCCAGAGAACAUUUCCUUUCAGAAAAAUGGAACAAAAAAGUGCUUAUGUUGUUUUUCUAUAGGAGCAAUAUUUUUUGUAAAAAACAAGCCAUCAAAAUUUUAAACAAAGGAAUCGUUGUACUGUAAUUUGAAAAAUGUAUAUUUUUCGUCGUGAAUAUUUGCCGUUUUACCUAUAAUUUUCUUUUCGGGGUUUUCCCAGUUUUUUUGAAAACACCUUGGAAAAUUAAAAAUGACCUCUCAAUUCAUCAACGAGAUAAAAUUACCUUUCAUAAAAAGUGCUAUAAUCUUUUUUGGAGCAAGUUUUCUGGUAGAAAAGUUAUUCACAGGCACAAAAAAAAAAAAGAUUAAAAAAAUACACAUACUCAUGGUAAAAUCAAUAGAUCCUUCGCUAUGCUCCGAAUCUAAAAUGAUGAGUUCAAUAUGGUUAAUGUCUAUUAUGCAUAAUAUAUUUUAUUAUUAAACAGUUGUAUUUAUAUAUUAUUAUUAUGACAAUUAAUUUUAACCAAACUAUAUUAUACUUACCAAUUUGAUUACUGAAUUCAAAUUAAGGACUUAGGUUAUGAUAAAAGACAAAUUGAAUAAAAAUAAAAGGAGAUCUAAUAAACCUAAUCAUUGAUGUAAAUACAUACUGGCGUAGACGCGUGUCGGCAUAAAUGUUGUAGGCGUAAAUACGUCGCUGUUAAGAUAUAAUAUCAUAUUUAAAACUUAACCUAACCGCUUUAUUUACUAUUACCUAGUUAAGUUUUAUUUUAAUAUGCUGAUUGUCUUUUGUGUUAACAGAAUUUGUCUUUUACAUGCGAAGAAAUUGUGAAGUCAUUUUAUUGGUUACGUACAUUAGAAACUGAUCCCUGCAAUCUUUGGUUUCAAGAAACAUAUACAUCAUACGGCUUGUGUCAUUCGUUUAAUAUGAUGCCUAUGGGAGAUUUAUUGAACGGAAUGGAGUAAAUACAAUUUAUAAAUAAUUGGUAUCUGUCUUCUUCUUGGCUGUAUAACUUUCCAAUCGUCUUCGUUGCCACCGUCAUAGCCUUCCAUUUAUCCAUCUAUACCUAUCCUGAACAGCUUCUCUCCAAUCUUCUACGUCCAUCGUUCUAAGUCUUGCUUCACCCCGUCAAGCUAUCGCUUUAUCUGUCAUCGAUCUUUCCCCACAGCCUUUAUUUUAUCUUUCCUCAUAACGUGACCGAACUAUUAUAAUUGUUGAGCUUUUAUAUAAUUUGUUACUUUGGGACUUUGCGUAAUUUCUUAGGUUUCGUCGUUUGUUCUGCGCCAGCACUUCAAUUCUUUAUCAUAUAGUGCACCACACUUUUUUUCAAUAUCCUAUUCUUAAAUAAGGAUAGUAAUAUUUUCUCCGUUUGCGCUGUUAUCGUCCUCACUUCUAUCUAUACCUUAGCAUAGGUCUAAUUACGGUUAUAUAUAGUGUUACUUUGUCCUUCUCGAGAAUAAUUUGGAUUUAAAAAAUGUUAAUAGCACACAGUAACCUUUUUUUGUUUUAUGUAUGCGGUUUACUAUUUUGACGAUCCAGUUAUUAUUACUUCUAAUGAUAGUUCCAAGGUCUACUUUUUCAAAUAUCAGUCCUUCUGUUGCAAUUAGUACCUCAUAACGUUACCCAAUAACUCAUAUACAUCACUUUGGUUUUUUUUCGUUUACUACUAAGCCUAUUGCUUUCGCUUUAUCAAUUAAUGUUACUGUAUUUUACACUACCAUUUCUUUAUUGUCUCCAAUUCGGUUUAGUUUAUUCCAGCACAUCUAGCAAAAAUGCACCCCCAGUCCACAUUUAUUUUAUUGUACACUUCUUAUCAUAAUUUCCAAUGCUAUAUUAAAUAGCGAGGGUGAUAAUGUAUCUUCCUGUUUUGGGAUUGUAAUAAUUUGAAACUCUUCUGAUGCGGUUUGGUCUACCCUUAUCUGGUAUUUUGUACCUUCCAUACACAUUUCUGUUAGUGCUAUUCAUUUUGCUGGAAAUCCAAAUUCAGACAUUAUAUCAUACAAGCUUUCUCAGUGUAUAUUGAUGUAGGCUUAAUAAUUAGGAAUAUAAUUUAAAUAUUAGUUAAUCGUUGGUAUGUAUGUUUUUUAGUGAAUGGUCACUAGAGAACAAUCACCACUGGAAAAAUUAUGAAAGUAGUUGGCACCCGGAUACCGGGUAUAGUGAAAAUGCAUUAGUUAGUCAUUUGCCGAUAAGGACAUUUGGCGAUAAAGAUUACCAUAGCGCCACUAUGCAGUUAGAUUUCCACACUAAUGAUUCUAACCAAGAAUGUGCGAAAGGAUUGGAUGUUUUUUAUGUACCUACACUUUUUUAUUUUUAUAAACGGUUUUAUUAUUUCUAAAAUAAUAAUAAUUAGCAAUGUAAUUUAUUGAUUUAGAUAUUGAUCCAUAGUCCAGGUGAAUGGCCGGAUAAAUCACAUCCCACAUUAUUAGGCACCGUUGGUACGUUAAUGACAACGUCCGUCAAACCAGUUGUGGUGACUACCUCCAAUUAUUUGAGGAAUUGGGAUCCUGAAUUAAGAAGCUGCUACUUUCAGAAUGAGAAAAAAUUAAAAUUUUUCAAAGUUUAUACUCAAAAAAAUUGUCUCUUAGAGUGUCGAACCGAUCUCAUUUUAACACAUUGUGGUUGUGUACCUUUUCAUCAUUUUAGUAAGGAUUGAGUUACACUAAUAAAUUAUAAAGCAUCUGCACUACUUAUUAUUACAAAAUUGUAGCAAACAUACAUGUAUAUUGUAUAUAUAGGGAUAAAGAAUACACCAGUUUGUGGACCCGCUAAAAUAUCAUGUUGGGAGACUAUAUCGCGUAAGUUGAAGUUUAAUAAGAGCUAGAGCACACUACAGACUUUUAAAUUUUAAUCGGCCAACAGUUUGAUUGGUAUCGUGCAGUGUGCGAUUAUAUACUUCACACGAUAGAAUUCAUCGUGCGAAGUAUAUUUGAUCUUUUUCUUUUUAAUUGAUUCUGGGUCACCUUGACAGUAAGGGGGAAAAACGACUAAUAUUUUUUUUAUAUUACUAUUAACCUCAGAAUCGUUUUUUGUUUGUAAUAGUUUAUAGUUGCACAGGUAAAGUUUAUAAACUAAAUGACCUUGUAUAUAUUAUAUAUUAUUUCUAAUUACCCACCUACAACUGUGCUCUCCUAUGUGAGCAGUAUCAACUUUUUUAAAUUCAUAAUUUCUUCCGAAAAUAAAUUCUUUUGUGCUACUGGGUAUAAAUUAUAAUGUUUUUAAAAAAUGUAUAGUAUUUUGUACUAUUAUUAACAAAAAAAAAAUAAUAAAAAUAAAUCUUUUAAUAUAGGUGUAAUAAUUAAUAUUUAAUAUAAUUUAUCAAUAAAAUAAUAAAAUAUUAUAAUUUUGUUGUAAUACGAUAUCCUGCUAAUACAGUUCGACUAUUUGUAGUUUUGUGUGUGAACUGCGCACUUACAUAUAACACAAUACUGAUUACCCUGUCAGCAGAUCAUUUGGCCGUACUCCUAUGUAACCGAACGCCAAUUGUAAAAUCGAUUAAACUAUCGCCGAUUCUAAGUCUGUAGUGUGUACUAGUUUUAAUUAUUAUAGAGGUAUUAAAUAUAUAUAAAAAAAAAAAACAAAUCAUAAUGAAUUUUUAAAUUUUAAUAGACAUUUCGUUAAGCCCAUGCAAUUGUUUACCAGGCUGUAAUGAAUUUUCUUUCAAAAUAUCAUCAAUGAACGCACAGUUUAACACAUUGACUCAAGAAAGCGACGAGAGUGUAUCGUAAGAAUUAUGUGAUUUAAAAAUUAAGCAAUUAUUAACAUAAUAAACUAGGGAAUUGAAAAUAAUAUAAUUUAUGAUAUUUUGGAGUAUUUUAACCGAAGAACUACUUUAGUUUGCGGAACUAGGAUUUACCGUAAUUGACGAUAAUACAAGACAAUUACAUUACAUCACAAAUACAUUUAAUAUAAUACUCGUUUAAUAUCCACAAAAGAUUAAUGACAAUCUACUUAUUUAAAGAAGGAAAAUGUAAUGUGAAAUCCAUUAAGAUGGUACUCUAAAAUUUUAAAUCAGUAAUAUAUAUAUAUAUAUAUAUAUAUAUAUAUGUAUAUAUGUUUACUGUAUAGUAUAUAUAUUACAUAAGAAAUGUAAAACUUUGUUGAACCUAUAGUUUAAACAAUUUUAAAGACCGAAAGAUUAAUAAUAAUAAGGUAGUUUUUUGGAGUUUCUAUAGCUGUUUAUACAAAAAAUGGAAUAAACAUUUUUAAAACUUUCAACUGACCAAAAAUGUAAUAAAGGCAUUUUUUCGAUCGAUAUGGUAUUUCUCAUGUUCCAAAAAAAUAUACUUCUUGGCAGGGUCAUAGGUUUAUUUCAAUAUGCAUCGGGUGACUUUGUCACAGUGCGGUGCACCUAAAACUUUCUAUUCUCUUCGGAGGACAAUUCCUAUAAUUUUAUAACUGCACAUGCAUUAAUGGUAAUUCUAAUAUAAAUUCGAUCUAAUGUUUUGUUAUUGUUGAAUUUAAGUAGUAUGAAAAGAGUGGUUCUAAUUUGGGUACGGGUUUUAUACUAAUGCAUAGCCACCAAAACCGGUACUAUAUUUUAGCAUGGCCGCCCUCGCUAUCAUUCUAACCUUGAUUAUACCUAAUAUAAUCUAUAUCAUUAUAAUUCAAAUUUGUUAUAAUUUUAACCACGGUUAUACCCAUAGUAGUAGAGUCCAUUAGUUGAUACGGCGACGAAGGCACAGCGUAUGUAGCCAUAUUACACCAAAAUAUUUUUUUAAAAACAGUAACUAGUAAAACAAAUAACAACAAAACAGCUAAUACUCGAUGUGGACACAGACGAACGAAGACUGAUUUUAGUAUAUCUAGUUCUCAGUGUAGAGUCAAGCGAAAUAAAAUUUGUAUUUUGAGAAGGGCGUAUUUUUGGUGUAAAGAAUUUAAGAAGGAAUAUUGUUGGUGGGAAGAGUACACAAUUACUGAUAUUAUAAGGAAGAUAACAGUAGGUAUAAUCGUGGUUAGAUAAUGAUAAUAAGAUUUUAUGAUAACGAUAUAGAUUAUAGCAGGUAGGUAUAACCGUGGGUUAAAUAAUAACGAGGACGGCCAUGUAUAAGUAUAGUACCCCUUGGGUACUUACGUAUGGUACCGGUUUGGGCGGCCAUGUAUUAAUAUAGUACUCACACCCGGAUUAGAACUGAUAUUUUCAUACUUUUCAUAUUUUACGUACCUAGUAAAAAAAAUAAUAAUUUCAUGUACGGAACAAUAUACUCUAUUAAAUGUACCUAUUACAAUAAUAAAUUUUCUUUAUGUUGCAAUUUUAAAUUGAUUUAUUUUAGGAUUUCUAGCAUGGUAUUACUAAGUGUUUAUUAUCAACAUAAAAAUUACAUAGGUUUAAAUCGAAUAAUGACAUUCACAUUCAGUCAAUUUAUGGGUAAGUAUUAUUAUACUAUAAAAGUAAUAUUAUUAAAUUGAGGCCUAAUCACCUAACCUAACCUUCCCGUAUACGAUUGUUUUGUAAUAUUGUAUCGGAUUUUGUUGCAUCGAUUUAUUUUAGGUAACGUGGGUGGCAUAAUGGGAUUAUGUUUGGGCUUCAGCUUUUUGAGCUUAGCUGAAAUUGUUUAUUUUUUAACACUUCGACCGUUCGUGAACCUUUGUAAUACAAAAAGAAAAAGGAAACAAAUCAACCCGAUAUAUAUUUUGGAAUAA